CAGACUUUUAGCUGACUUUGAGUGGCCGACGCACUCCGAUUUACGGGAUAUUCCGUAUUUAAGGCGCCUCUUCAAAGCGACGCAGUCGACUCCCAACCCCUAGCUCUCUCGGCGUCUUCUUCUGCAUCUUCUUUCUAACUUGUUGGGGCCUCUCUACUUCCUAGCCCCUCAGCCUCGCGAUUGUUAGAGCACACGACCCACCUCCAUCAGCCCGGGUCGUGAGUGGUUUUCCUCCCCGCCUUCUCCCUUGUUAGACUGGUUUGAGCACCACCAUCACCCUCUUCUGUCCCGUGCUUCUCAGGGGGAGCCAGAGAGCUUUGGGAAAGAAACCCGCCCUGACUAAUCCCUUGCCCUUACGUCAGCUCCAUCGUGGCCUGAAUAGUUAGGAGCAGACCUCUUUUACCUCGUGGAUAAUGAUGCCAUCACCUCCAUUAAUCUCUUGCUCUUCUCAGUUCAAAUGCCAGGGAGAAAAUAAGCCGCCAAGGUACAACUCCCAUUAUCCCUGAAAUCAAAACAGAGACUGCCAUGCAGCCGUGAGUUAGUGGAGAAAACCCCAGAGUUACAAGUAUAGCGCCUUUUGCUGGAACAACAUAGACAUUUGAGAAAAGGAGUUAUUGUAACUUUAGACUCACUUUAAAGUCUUUGGUAGGUUUCUAAUGUGUGUGGUGUUUUGUUUUCUUUUUCUUUUAACCUUUACAGAGAGAAGACUAUAAAUGCCAGAGCCAUUUAACGGAUGGUUACCUGUUGACACUUCUUUAAAUACCUUCUUGCACCAAGGUCUUCACUGGGAAGAAUUCGGGGGAAAAUAGCCGUGGAAAAGAGAGUCAGCACUUACAUGUACCAUGGCUAUACCUAUAACAGUGCUUGAUUGCGACCUCUUACUGUAUGGCCGAGGCCACCGGACAUUGGACCGUUUUAAGUUGGAUGAUGUGACUGAUGACUACUUGAUGUCCAUGUAUGGGUUUCCUCGGCAGUUCAUUUAUUACUUGGUGGAGCUCUUGGGAGCGAGUCUUUCUAGACCUACUCAGAGAUCCAGGGCUAUUAGCCCAGAGACACAGAUCCUUGCAGCACUGGGCUUCUAUACUUCAGGUUCCUUCCAGACUCGGAUGGGAGAUGCUAUAGGAAUCAGUCAGGCAUCUAUGAGUCGAUGUGUUGCCAAUGUCACCGAAGCGCUUGUGGAAAGAGCCUCGCAGUUCAUUCGCUUUCCCGCUGACGAAGCCUCCAUUCAGGCUCUGAAGGAUGAAUUCUAUGGGUUGGCUGGGAUGCCAGGGGUCAUAGGCGUGGUUGACUGUAUCCAUGUGGCAAUCAAGGCACCAAAUGCUGAAGACCUCUCCUACGUGAAUCGCAAAGGUCUGCAUUCUUUAAACUGCCUGAUGGUGUGUGACCUCAGAGGGGCGCUAAUGACGGUGGAAACAAACUGGCCAGGCAGCCUGCAGGACUGUGCUGUGCUGCAGCAGUCUUCUCUCAGUAGUGAGUUUGAAGCUGGAAUGCACAAAGAUAGCUGGCUGCUUGGUGACAGUUCCUUCUUUCUCCGUACCUGGCUUAUGACACCACUUCACAUUCAUGAGACUCCAGCUGAAUAUCGCUAUAAUAUGGCCCAUUCUGCAACUCACAGUGUGAUUGAGAAGACUUUCCGAACACUCUGCUCCCGAUUCCGCUGCCUGGAUGGGUCCAAGGGGGCACUACAGUACUCACCAGAGAAGUCCAGCCAUAUCAUCUUAGCGUGUUGUGUCCUCCACAACAUCUCCUUGGAGCAUGGGAUGGAUAUUUGGUCCUCUCCAAUGACAGGACCCAUGGAACAACCUCCCGAGGAAGAGUAUGAGCACAUGGAGUCCCUGGACCUAGAGGCUGACCGGAUCCGUCAAGAGCUGAUACUCACUCAUUUUAGCUAAUGUGAAAGGUGGGGAGGGGGAGGGAAACUUUCCAGAAGGAGCUGUGACAAACUUUCUCCCUCACCAGCCACUACACAGUUCCAUCAUCUAGUAUGACUGAGUGUGGACACUUAUCACAAACUGACAUUUAAUCUGCAUGUUUUUUAGAAGAGUUGGGGCUAUACCAGAAUAUUUUGAUUCAUUUGUAUUUCUAUUAAUAUUAACUAAACAAAAAAUCAGGACAACACUUCCGUAGUAUGCAUUGAACUCCAGGUUGAGCCUCAGUUAUUUGAAAAGCUCACUGGUUGCGGACAUUUAUGAUUGUGCCUACAACAUCAAAGCAAAGGAGAAAAUGGCAUCUAGCCAGAGCACUUGCUUUUUGUUUCCAUUAUCUGGAGAUUUCAAAUGAAAAUAAUAUUUAUUUGUCCUGAAUUAUUUGGGUGGCAUUUUAGCUUUUCUACUUUGCUGCCUAGAUAGGCAUAAUUUGAGGCAAGUGGCUGGUGUGGCUCAGUGGUUGAGCAUCAAUCCACAAACCAGGAAGUUACAAUUAGUUUCUGGUCAGGUUGUGGGCUCUAUUCCCAAUAGAGAGUGUGCAGGAGGCAGCCAAUCAAUGAUUCUCUCUCAUCAUUGAUGUUUCUAUCUCUCCCACUCCCUCUCUCUCUAAAAUCAAUAAAAACAUUUUUUUAAAGUAAUUUUAAGUUUGAGAAUGGUCUUGGGACAGGUAAAUGUCUGCUAAUCUGCGUUUGCAACCUUGUAUAUUUAAGAAGAUGUUAGGAAAGGAGAAAAACAACAAACAGCCCAGCUGGCAUGGCUCAGUGGUUGAGCGUUGACCUGUGAACCAGGAGAUCACGGUUUGCGAUUCUCUCUCAUCACUGAUGUUUCUAUCUCUCCCUCCCUCUUCCUCUCGGAAAUCAAUAAACAUAUUUAAAAACAAACAAAUCAAAAAAGAAGUUAGGGACAGUCUGAAACCUCUAUCUUUAGUCUUCCUGCAAUAAUUGGCCUGUUACUUGGACCUAGGUCCUAGGGAGAACAUCUGGACUCCAAUCUCCUUUUUCCAACCCUGAGUAGGAGUUAGAGGCGAAAUGGGUUUAAGAACCUAAUUAGCUUAAGGAAGACAAGUCAAAUAUAGGUAAAAUAGUAAGCUUACACUUUACAGGAGAACUGAACACCAUGAUAAAUUGAUGGACAGCCUAGCCAGUUUGGCUCAGUGGAUAGAGCCUUGGCCUGCAUACCAAAAGGCCCCAGGUUCGAUUUCAGUCAAGGGUAUGA